AUGUUCGGCCGUGACAUCCUCUCCGUCGCAGCUCUGUCGCUGCUGGCUUCGUCGGCUACUGGCGAGGUCAUCGAAAAGCUCCGCGUGGCUCCAGAAGGAUGGAAGUACACCGCCAACGCUCCCAGCACCCAAAAGAUCCGUCUUCAGAUCGCUCUGCAGCAAAAUGACGCUGCUGGCUUUGAACAGGCGGUCUUGGACAUGGCCACCCCUGGAAACGCCAAGUAUGGACAACACUUCCAGUCGCACGACGAGAUGAAGCAGAUGCUGCUCCCGUCCGAUCGCGCCGCCGAGUCUGUUGUUAGCUGGUUGCAGUCCGCUGGUGUGACCGAUAUCGCACAGGAUGCUGACUGGAUUGAUUUCACCACCACUGUCGGGAUCGCGAACGAGUUGCUAGACACCCAGUUUCAGUGGUACACCAACCAGGUCCAGAGACACCGCAGUCUCCGUACCCUGCACUACUCCGUUCCAGAUGAUGUCGCUGAACACAUCUACAUGAUCCAGCCCACCACUCGUUUUGGCGGCAUUCGUCCUAUGCACACCACUUCUCGUGGCAAGCUGCUCAGCCAAGCCCAUCGCAAUGCUGUGCAGGCUGGUAGUCUCAGUGGAGCCGACCAAUGCGGCACUGUUGUCACCCCUACUUGCCUCAAAAAGCAAUACGGAGUGGGUAACUAUACUGCCGACCCCAAGAGCGGUAGCAAGAUUGCUUUCUCCAGCUACCUCAAGGAAUAUGCUCGAUAUGACGACCUAGCCAAGUUUGAGAAGAAGUUGGCUCCAUGGGCGAUUGGCCAGAAUUUCACCGUCAUCGAAUUCAACAACGGACAGAACAACCAGACCGACAACAUUGAUGACAGUGGUGAGGCCAAUUUGGAUCUGCAGUACAUUCUUGGUCUGUCAUCUCCUCUCCCUGUCACUGAGUUCUCGACUGGUGGCCUUGGAGAGUUGGUACCCGACAUCAAUGAACCGGACCCAAGCAAUAACCAGAACGAACCAUACCUCGACUUCUUGAAAGGAGUAUUGAAACUGCCUCAGGACCAGCUACCUCAAGUAAUCUCCACCUCAUACGGCGAAGACGAGCAAACCAUUCCCCCUAAAUACGCCGAAUCCGUCUGCGAUCUGUACAAGCAGCUUGGCAGCCGAGGUGUCUCCGUCAUCUUUUCGUCUGGUGAUUCUGGCGUCGGUUCUGGAUGCGUUACCAAUGACGGCAAAAACACCACCCACUUCUUGCCUCAAUUCCCUGCAACCUGUCCAUGGGUUACCUCCGUCGGUGCCACCCAGGAUUGGAAUGAGACCGCCGCCGCGUUCUCAUCCGGUGGAUUCUCCGAUCUCUGGGCUCGCCCAUCCUACCAGGACGAUGCCGUCGCUGCCUACCUGGCAACUGGCCUGGCUGACGAAUGGGAAGGGCUCUUCAACAAGUCCGGCCGUGGAUUCCCCGACGUCUCUGCACAGGGUGUUAACUUUGCGGUUUACGACAAGGGCAGCCUGGGCGGGUUCGAAGGAACUUCUGCUUCUGGCCCCACCUUCGCCGCUAUCGUGGCUCUCCUGAACGACGCCCGUCUGCGUGCCGGCAAGUCUACCUUAGGCUUCUUGAACCCCUGGAUCUACAGCAAGGCAUAUAAGGGUCUCAACGAUGUAACCACCGGUGGCAGCGCUGGCUGCAACGGUCUCAGCCGCUUCAAUCAGAGCCAGCUCCCUGGCGGUGCUGUUGUUCCUGGUGCUAGCUGGAAGGCUGCUGUUGGCUGGGACCCCGUUACUGGCUACGGCACACCCAACUUCCCCAAACUCAAGGCCCUGGCCUUGGCAGCUUAA